UUCUUAACAUUUAUUCCCGAACGCUUAUAUUUCGGCUGAACUCGACCUUACAUACAGAAUGCAAAGAACAGAAGUGUUCGCGGGGAAACAAGCACAGUAAUGCCGGUGAAAGAGACACUCGAUGAUUUGUAAUAAAAAAUAGACUAGAAUAUCGCGGCAACGCUGAUCCUGAUUGUCCCGUCAAUAGUCGUCUCUUUUGCUAGCGCACAGUUUCGCGAGAAAAAAAGAGAAAAUCUAGGAAUUUACUAAGAAUGCCUCCAAAGGAUGCCUCGAAAGACACGGAGAUCCUGUGGUCUGAUAUAGCCGGUCACAUUUUAGUAAAUGCAAUCUCCUAUCCUAUUGAAUAUGCUAAGGUUCUGAUCGAGAUUGGGUAUGAACCUAUUCCACCCAAACCAACUGUAACAUUGUUUGGAAAACCUGCAUUAAAACUACCUAAUGCUUUUACGUAUAUUAAAUACAUAAAGAACUUGGAUGGAUUUACAGGCUGCUACAGAGGCUUAGUACCCAAGGUAUGUUCCUAUACAGUCAGUACAAUAGCGUGCGACAAAACUUUAGAAUAUCUUCAGUCGAACUCAGUGGAACAGACUGAGGACGAAGACGAUGAGGAUGAGAGAGUGAGACGUAAAAGAUGCAUGAAUGAGAUCAUCAGGGAUGUGAUCAGUAGAACAGUCGCGAUCAUAGUUAGUCAUCCUUUGGAAGUCAUUUCAUUAAGGAUGAUUGCACAAUUUGUGGGUAGAGAGACAAAAUAUAGUAGUCUAUUUGGUUCGUUCCUGGAGAUUUAUAAGGAGAAUGGGAUCCUAGGAUAUUACGCAGGAUUGAUACCGCGUGUAAUAGGAAGCGCUGCAGUUAUAGUUCUAACUGGUAUCUCUACAUACGCUAUAAAUAAUUACGUUAUACAGGAGCCGGCGAUGAAACCAUACACUGCAUCAACCAUGAAAUUUGUAGCUACAACCGUUAUGUACCCGUUCUUAGUGGUAUCUCACUGCAUGGCAGUAAAUGACUGUGGGUUGGUAGCUGGUCUUCCACCACACAUGCCGAUCUACAAGAACUGGCUGCAUUGUUGGACCCAUCUGUCGACUCAUAAUCAGCUGAAGAGAGGCAGCAGUCUGUUAUGGCGUUACUAUACUGGACCGCAAAUGCUGCUGAAUGGCAAACUGAUACCAAUUAUGAGCAAUAACUUUUACCAGCCUAGUUCGUAAUGAGCGUCUUAAACAUAUAGAUACAGCCGUAUAAAAAGGAAAAGGAAAAAGAGAAAGUUUGGUUUCAACGAAUUUAUGUAGGAAGAUCAUACAAGAAUUUGCGUGCACUGAACAUUCUUGUAAGAUCGAGUCAUUAUCAAUACAAAAUAAUAGAAAAAAGAAGACAAAUCCAGUUAGGAUCAAUCGAGAUGAUUGUAGUUGAAAGGUAAUCGUAAUUAAGUGUCAUUGCAACAUUUUGUAAUGAGAAAGUCAACAUUCAUUAAACAAAUCCUCAAUGUGCAUUUAUAAUAACUGCGAGAUUAAUAGAGGUUGUUUCUUACCACACAAACGCGUCAUGAUUUUUAAUCUAAUUUUUAAAAAAGAUAACACAUCUGCGCGCCUACAUAAUCACCUUGAUCGAUCCUACAUCUCCAGAUCACAUAUGCGAUACAGUACUUGUAAAUAAAAAUAAAUAAAUUGGAACAAACACAUCGAAUAGUUGUGCGAUAAAAAAAAUGAUGCUGGAAGAAGUGAGAUAUAUAUUUUUGAUAUAUUUUUACUAUAUUGACAAUUAGACUUUGUUUCGACAAUUACUGAUUUACAAUGGCCUCCUCUCUACCCUUCUUGUCGAUAAUUGGUAAGAUUUCGACGAGUAUUGCAUUUGUCGUAUUAUAAUCAUUACAUAUGUAUAUACACGCACGCAUGCACAAACGCAUACACGCACAAGGUGUUCAGCAUAACGGUCCGCACGAUUUUUUAAAUAUUUCCUACAGUUAAGGGGAUCCUAAAGCCAUCUGUAUUAUUGACUAAAACAUAUGGUUUAAUAUUUUUAUAUAACUAUUAU